AUGCGGUCGUAUUUGGGCACCUUUCUGCUGCUGUCGGUGGCCAUCUUCGGCGCAGCCAUGUUCAAGAUCCGGCCCUUGGCUGGCCAGACGGACAGGAGGCCAGCAAUGAGACGCUUCUUCCGGAUACUCACCGAGACCAGCGCCAUGACAAUGGGCUGCUGGGCUACGGAGAUCAGAUCCGAGCGAGGCCUCAAGGCGUUCGAUGCCAUGGCUUGUCAGGGUGAAAUCGUUUACCUGCACGGUUGGAGUGGCCAUCCAUCCUGUGACAAGCUGACAGAAAGCCUUCCGGACGGAAUCGUCCUUACUCUGCUUACGUAUCAUCCAGGUGGCAAUAUUCAAGAGACCAAGAUCAAGUCAUUCCUGGAGGAGCUGCGGAGCCGAGCGCUAAACAAUGCCCCUUUCCUUGCACUCGUGGGUUACUCGUUUGGCGGCCUCUUGGCCGCCCUGUACCAAGAGAAGUUUCCACAUCUUGUGAACCCGAGUCGUGACACGGAUGCGGGCGGUUCGGCGUUGUGGCGGGUGGAGGAGUGGACCGGCGACGACAAGCACAAACAGCCCGUCGUAAGGGGGGAUGCAGUCGUCCUUCCAUACUACGCCAAUGUGAUAGAUGGCGAGAUAGGCUUUGAGACUGCCUACGCUCUGCAGCGAGUUAGUGGGUUGGGCACCCAACCGGACGAAGGGGUGAACGGGGACUGGGGGAAAGACAGCAUCAAGGCGUUGCAGCGAUUUCUCGCGCAAGCGCGCCUGCAAUGCCAGCUCCGGAAUCGCCCGAAGCUUCGCCUCGUCUCGCCGAGCUACGAGUGCCAAAAAGAUCCAGGUGGUUCUAUACUGUUCUGGGUGUUUUGGAUGUUUUCUGACAGCCAUUGCUGCCGGAGGCAGGGGAGCUAUGAGAAUCCGGUUCGUGGCGUGCGUGCGCAGAUGCUCAGGUACAAUGGGCUUGGUGGUAUUCUCUGCAAGGUCUGCACAUGGUCAGUCCUUCCUGUGCUCAUAGUGCUCCAACUACUGAG